AUGCCCAGAUUGGAGCACGUUCUCCAGGGUCCAUCAGAUCAUGUCCCGAUCUGUACAGAUCUUGAUAUUGGUCCCGAACCGCCCGGAUCUGGGCUACGGGCAAUUAAACCUGGAAGCGAGGCUGAAAAGUCUUUCAUUUCGGAUAUUCUCCGGGAUCUUGCGACUAUUCCUGUCGCAGCCCCGGCAACCAAGGAAGGUGUUGAAGCUUUAGCCGAUGCUAUCGUGACAGCGUUCUCGGACGCGUGGCUUGCCCAUUCGACCGAGUCCAAACCUACCAAGCGCUCCAAGUCCUGGUGGAUGGACGAGUGCUCAGAGACAUUCAGAGUAUAUCAGUUGAGCCACUUGCUCGCUGACUACAACAAGUUUAAGAAGGUGUAUAAAGAUGCCAAGCGUGAUUUCUUUGAUGAACGCAUCGCAGAAAUUGCUACUUCUCUCAAGCGCCCGUGGGACCUGAUGGAGUGGGUCAAACAGCGCAAGCUACUACCCUGUGAGGCUAUUCGCCACGGCAAUCAGCCUUGCCAUGAUAUGGACGACCUCUGGGACGCCCUGCACGGCACGUACAACUUGGCCUCAGUCUUAGACGAGCUUCCUGACGAGCCAGUCCGGGAGUGGGCUGACUUUUCGGAGCAUGAGUUGUUGAGCGCCCUCAAGGGGUGUUCCAACUCCUCUGCACCAGGACCGGACCAUGUUACGUGGGUCCACCUAAAGGAGUUGCUCAAGGAUAAACACGUCCUUGCGCUCUUCAUCGUGCUGGCCAACGCUUGCCUUCGGGUGGGUCAUUGGCCUCGUAUUUUCAAGGAGUCGCUGUUGGUUAUUGUACUGAAGCCGAAUAAGUCCUCCUAUGUAGUCCCAAAGGCUUUCAGGCCCAUAGUACUCCUCAUCACCUUCGGUAAGCUUAUUGAAAAGAUGAUAGCCAACAGGAUACAGUUUGACGCUGUCAAGCAUGAUAUCUUCCACCCCAACCAACUUGGCGGUAUCUGCCAGAGGUCCACUGAGGAUGCUGGAUUGAUUCUGACUCAUCUCGUGCGAGCGGGGUGGGUUAAGGGUCUCCAGACUAGCACGCUGGCUUUUGAUAUCACGCAGUUUUUCCCUUCUAUCAACCAUGAAAUGUUCAUGGCUGUCCUGCGCAAGCAAGGAUUCUCGCCAAUCUUGGUGGAGUUCUUUGCGUCCUAUCUUGUUGGUCACUCCACAGUUUACUGCUGGAAUACCUUCCAGUCUGACCCACGGUCUGCGGACGUGGGUGUUGGGCAGGGCUCUGCUCUCUCGCCUGUUAUCUCAGGGCUUUUCAUUGCUCCGGUGAUGAAGCUCUUCUAUAUCAAGGCGGCGCCGCUCAACACGACACUGCUUUCCUUUGUGGAUGAUGGGACCAUACUGGCCCAAUCCAAACAACUCGAUGAUAAUAAUGUGGGCCUGCAUAAGGCCUACAAAAUUAUUUACCUUCUCUUUGUUGCCUUCGCACUCGUUCUUGAACAUGACAAGACUGAGCUGUUCCACUUUUCGCAUCGACGAGACGCCUACAAUCCCUCGCUGGAUUUGGGGUACACCCCGCAUACCAGCGCUAUGCCUUUGAAGCCCAAGACCUAUUGGAGGUACCUGGGCUUCUACUUUGACCAUGGGCUCACAUUCCAUGAGCACUCCAACCAGUAUCAGGCGGCUUCGGCUGCUAUAAUCUACAAGGGACAUCGCGAGCUCGAAAGGACCCGCUAUGUCUCUGGCAGAGUUACCGCCCCUGAUGCGGAGCUCAACGCCAUCUCGUGUGCAGUGCGCCUUGCUGUCAAGCAGGCAAACUGCCAACAUAUUAUGGUCUUCACUGACUCUAUGGGCUCAGCCCAUAGAGCGGUUGACCCCGGCGUGCAUUCUGGUCAGGCUUUUAGUCUGUCAGUAUGUCGCGCUCUUCAAGAGUGGUUUGAGGCGGAUGAUCUCCGCCGCAUUACCUUCGUCUACGUCCCUUCCGCUCUGCGGUGGGAUAUCCAUGGUGAAGCACACAAGUACGUCACCGAACUCAAAGUCAGGGUUGACGGACAACUCUAUAGACGCGCUUCGCUCUCGAGCUGCGCACUCAGUCCUGGAUUCGUGGAAUUCCACUUUCCAGGAUCCAACUUACCGAGGCUCUGA